AUGCCAGACCCACCGGUCAAACAAGCAUGUGAUGCAUGUCGCCGACGUAAGGUCAAAUGCAUUUUCCCAAAACCUUGUGAGCAGUGUCGAGCUGCCGGCCUGAUCUGUCGGACGUCUUCGCAGCGACAGAAAAAGGGGCGACAGGGCCAAACAGCCAACAUUCUCAAUGAGCUCCGAGCAAACCAAAUUGAACAGGCUCUGGUGCGGGAUGCGAAUAUUUCUCCACCAUCGGCAGCUCUCGGGUUUGGAGAUAAUAUACCAACGCCCCAGUCAUUGCAAGCCUCGGGAAGAUGUCAGUUCUCGAAAACCCCGGGCCUUGUGAGCCAGGAGCUUGUCGACGCCUGCUCAGGAUAUUUUUUCUCGCGAAUGAGAGGAACAGUGCCCGUCUUGCAACCAGGCAGUUUUCAGAAACAGGUGGACCUUGCCGAUACAUGCCUCCAUGCUUAUUGUUUAGUCACUGCUUUCUGCGCUUUUGUGGUCACUCAAACUGGAUUUGCCGUGGAACAUGCAUCCUUGGAAUUCUCUCAGGGAUUUUGUACUGAAGACUACCGAAAUUCCCUGAUUGAGGAAGCCACAGAAGCUCGGAAGCAUAUCGAUCCAUUCACAGAUCCUGUACGGCAAAGCAUUAUCACUGCUUUCCUUCUAUAUGGAUGUCAUAUUGGACUGGGAAACCAACGGCAUGCAUAUUAUUUUCUCCGUGAAUCCACGACGCUUUAUACGGCUAGCGCACUGGAAAGUCAAGCAUCAUCGGCGCAGGUGGAUGACGAUGACCCUUCCUUGGCAGGCAAAUUGUUUUGGCUCUUGGUGGUGUCUGAGAGAGCUCAUGCGAUCCGCCGACAUAGACCAAUUACGCUCCAGGUCACUCCCGAAAGCCCCCAAUUAGAAGAUGGUCCACUUGCAAAUGCGUCAGCCAUUGGCUUUCGGUGUCUGGUAAACCUCUACCGCCCAUUUGAUGAAGGUUUUCUGAGUCAGUGGAAUGGAACAAAUGCCACAUGCUCGAUUGAGUCGCUAGUUCAUCUUGAGGAGCGCAUCCAAAGUGCAGUUCCGGCAGACCUCGAUCUUCCUGAUAUACUAAUGGCGGACUUGCGUGUGUCUCAGCAGUGGCUGCGCAUCAUGAUAUGGCAGCUUUCUACAACUGCUGGGUUUCUUUCGACAAAGCCUUCGCAUGAAUGCAUGGAUUUUCGCUACCCCCUUUUAAUUGCUCAAGAUCUCUGCUUCGCAACAUGGAAAUUAUCUAGGCAGAGCAUGGAAACCCAUGGAAUUGGUCUUAUCGAAAAAAUAUUUGAGGUGGCAUGCACCUUGAUUGACGUUAUGGCAUGCCUCUCGGCGGCUGGGCUUCGUUCUUCGGGCUUCAAGCUUGGCCCGCAAGAUUAUCUCAAGCAUUUCUUUACUCUCAUCCAUGAUCUUCCGGGAGGACGUCGAAGGUUUCUUCCACUGCUACUUACCAAAAUAGGGCAAACUCUGCCAUCCAUGGUAGACCCUAUCACCGUUCAUCUCAAACUCCAACCCAGCCCCCUUGUUCCGAGCUCUACCAGUGAGGCAUCAUCAGUAUCCGCCAUUGCCGGAAAUGACAGCUCCGUUGAACAGUCCUCUGCUGAAUUGGUUUCUGAGUCUGAGAAUUGGUUGAAUGGUAACUUCAACUAUGCGGAGAUGAGCCGCAUCGGUGAGAAAACACCAGAGAUUGAUGAGGCAUUUCUCCAAUACUCCAGUUACUUCCCCUGA